UCUAUCUUGUUAGUGGUCAUCAUCCGCGCUGUACUCUUUCGGGUCGGCCGCGUUCUGUUCAUGGUACUGCUAUUCGCUAUGGCAUGAAAUGGGUAAGACAUUAGGCAGGAUUGUUUAAAGUAAGAACACAAAACAGUGGCCUAAUAGCAACAUUGCAUACUGCAACACUGGAAUACACAAACCGUUGAAGUCUUUUGCGUCAGCCGAAACAGCAACCGCAGCGGAACCAGCAGUCAACCGGAGUCGUUGAUUUCGGAAUUGGUCUACAAGUGCGUGAAGAAACCGUCUGUGGAGCAUUCAUCCUUCGAAGAAGCCGGAAAGUACCGUAUUCACCAAAGAACCGAGUAGAAGUUAGAAGCAGUUGAUCCGAACACCCUAUCCAUUCGUUCCGUGUCACCGCGUGAGCAGUCCGAGGGAGCACCAUCAAAGAGCUGGUCUCUGCAUCCUCCGGAGUGUUGUGAGUCUGAAGCUGUCUUUAAACUUCGCAAUCAGUAUUCUUUGUGCAGUCAAGUAACUCGUCUAGUCAUCGGACAGCCGGUCAUAGUCAUCCCUUGAGUUUACAGCACGAAACUUCAUGGCGUCGGUUGGAGUGUUUUCAUUUCCGAGUGCUAUCACCGGGGGUAGUGUUGCCGCUGGAGCUGGAAGUACCAACAGCAAUACCGUUCCUUCGGCAUCUAUCGUGAAGCCCAUUACGACAUCCGUUCCUACUCCGCCUCCCCCUUCCCAAGCGUCUAUUGUUCCAGCAGUCGAUGCCCUUGUUCCACCGCCAUCAUCAACGGCACUUGCUACACCGAUGGUACCGUCUUCUACGGCAGGGAUCAUUCCCGUAGUUGCCAACGGUGUUGCUCCGUUGAUUUCCAUGUCCCCAACACCGGACGCUAUUCCCUUGACCAAGCCAAAUGUUUCCUCUGCCGGAGCGAUGUUUUCCGAUGCGUUCAAGCUGAGCGAUCUGGCCGCGUUCGAUGGAUUGGAAUCCGAGACAAGCGGUGGACGUGGUCCGGGAAGUGUGGGCGCACCGGAAUCCAUCAACGGAUACCAGUUGGAGUCUGGUUCGCUAUCUGAAUGUAUGGAGCAGGACUGCACGCUUUGCCAGAACAAGUACAUCUCGCCACGUGUCCUAUCUUGCUUGCACGUGUUCUGUGAAGCUUGCUUGGAAAAGCUCAUGAGUGACGACGAGGCAAAGAAAAUGGAAGGAUUGCUUGAUUGCCCCACAUGCAAGCAAACAACCAAGGUUGGAUCAAAGGGUGUUGCGGCAUUACACCAGGACUACAUUCUUACCAACGUGUUGGAUCUGUCGACAAUUGAGCCAUCGAUGUUGGCAUGCACCUCGUGCAAGAGCAAGGAAAUGGCCAUCUCACGUUGCAAUGAUUGUGCCAACUUUCUCUGCGCUAGUUGUGACAAUGCUCACCGGUAUAUGCGUUGCUUCGAGGACCAUAAGGUUGUACAGUUGGAAGAUCUGCGCAAGUCCUCCGAGAAGGUCGCCAUCCAUAAGCCGCUGUACUGCAGCGUCCAUCCUCCGGAGAAUUUGAAGUAUUUCUGCUUCAAUUGCCAAAUUCCGGUGUGCAACGAGUGUCUGAUCGGUGAACACAAAGGAAAGGAACACAACUAUCAGAUUAUCAGCGAAGCCGAGAAGCCCAUGCGCUCGGAAUUGGAGAACCUGAUGAAGGAAGCUAAAACAAAGAUUGAGUAUUGCAAUCAGGCGACGAGCGAUCUUGAUACUUCGCUGCACGAUUUGCAGAACCAGUUCGAAACGGCUCGCGACCUGAUCAAUGAAUCUUUCCAAAGCUUCAAGGCUGUGUUGGAAAAGUGCCGUGACAAUGCAUUGAAGAAUCUCGAAAAACUACAUUCGGAACGUGAGCUGAAGAUCAUGGAACUAUUCCACAACGUGGAGAAAUCCACUGAAAAGAUAGAAAAUACUGCCAAGUUCACAAAGAAGGUAUUGGAUCAAGCCAACGGACCGGAACUUUUGAGCUUGAAGAAAAUGAUUGCCAUGCAGUUCAGCAAUCUGAUGGGAUCCACGCCAAAGGUGGACGUAAACUUUUCGUUGGAGUUCCAAACCAGUUUCGAAAAGUUCGAUCAAAUCGCUCCGGAGCUGUUUGGCACAUUCCGUACGGAGACAAGUCCGCCGAGUCCGAAGGAAACUACACCGCCACCCUCCUUGCCGGGAAUGGCCAUCAUGAUCAACAAGCCCCCGACUACGGCGAAUGGCAGCUGCGGAUUGUCACAAGGACCAUUGACCGGAUCUGUAACUGCCAGCAGCCCGAUUUCAUUGCCAACGUCGAUGCAGUCGUCAUUCGAUGGUGAUAUCUCGAAUCUGGGAGCCAGCUAUAUGAUGCCGCACGUGCUUACUCCAGAACCACCGGCAUCCACUCCUAUCGCCAAUAAUCAUCUACCGGCUGCACCAGCAACCGUCGGAGGCUCAGCCACAUUGCCCGGAUUGAGCAGCAUUGCGGAAUAUAAUCUACAUCGAUUGGCAAACCUAACGGAAACGGCUCCCGAUAUCACCGAUGCAAUCGUACCUGUGAACACUCCGAAUCCAACAACGAACUUUACGCUGGCCGAUCUGAUUUCCGGCGAUCCCAAUGCCUUCCAAGCGCUCUCCAAGUACAGUCUCAACAAUCCGGAUAUACCGGCCGGCCCUAUGAUGCCACCGCAUCCCAACAUGGACAAUUUGUCACUGCUUAGUGAUUUCUCGGGCUUGCCAGGCGCGACAUCGACAAUGCUUCCAACUACACCCAUGUCGAUGGACUCGUCGCUCAGCGGAGAGAUGGCCGCAAUGAGUCGGUUCCAGGUCAACGGACGCACCAAGGCCACACCGAUGCAAAUUCGGUGCAAGUUUGGAUCGCUGGGACAAACCAAAGGACAGUUCAACUCCCCGCACGGAUUCUGUCUCGGGGUCGACGAAGAAAUUGUCGUAGCUGACACGAACAACCAUCGCAUUGAGAUUUUCGAAAAGAACGGAACAUUCAAGUUCUCUUUCGGAGUCCCCGGCAAGGAAGAAGGCCAGCUCUUCUAUCCACGUAAGGUGGCCGUAAUGCGGUCGAGUGCCAAGUUUGUGGUGUGCGAUCGGGGAAACGAGCGCUCCCGUAUGCAAAUCUUCUCCAAGAAUGGACAUUUCAUCAAAAAGAUUGCAAUCCGCUAUAUCGACAUCGUUGCUGGUUUGGCUGUGACUAACAAGGGACUGAUCGUGGCAGUUGAUAGCGUUUCCCCAACGGUCUUCAUCAUUUCUGAAGAUGGAAACCUCAUCCACUGGUUCGAUUGCAGCGAUUUUAUGCGUGAGCCCUCGGAUAUUGCAAUCAAUGGUUCCGACUUCUAUGUGUGCGAUUUCAAAGGACACUGCGUGGCAGUCUUCUCGGAGGAGGGAACAUUCAAGUAUCGCAUCGGCAGCGAGAAAGUUACCUGCUUCCCCAACGGUAUCGACAUAUCCGAUGCAGGCGACGUCCUGAUUGGCGAUUCACACGGCAACCGUUUCCACGUGGCUUGCUACUCGAAGGAUGGCCAGCUGCAGUCGGAGUACGAGUGUCCGUAUGUUAAGGUUUCUCGCUGUUGUGGGUUGAAAAUUACAUCUGAGGGCUACGUUGUAACUUUGGCCAAGAAUAACCAUCACGUCCUCGUACUGAACACUCUAUACAUUCAGUGAUUGACCGCCGGAGCGAGAAUCCUUAAGCCGAAUCGCUAAGCUGACAGCAAUAUCAUCUACAAUCGCAGCAAGGUAAGUGCGUUGAAAAUUUAAACUUCUCGUCAUACCUUACAUCGAAUUGUUGGAGAAGCCCGAAAAUCAACGCAUUAUCAGCUCUAAGCAAUGGCCGUAAGUAAGAGAUAUGUCGAAAAGGAGAUAUUCGUACGGUUCAGCUACAAGAAGCCGAACAAAACACUGCACAUAUUAUCCAUAACUAACUGAAACUUGUAUCGAGAGUCAAACCAUCAUCAAGCCGCACCCGCAUCAAUGUCGUAACCGACAAGAUUCGGUUUUAUUAGCAAACACAUUCGUCUACAACCCCACUGAACUAAUUAAGUGCGUGUGUUUGUGGGGUGUCGUAUGGUUUAUCCCAAAACAAAAUAAGCUGUGGUUGGUGUGUUCAUCCGGAUAAGUGUGAGAAACAACCUUACAAAACAAAAAAAAACAUCUUUUUAAAAGAGAGAUAGAGGAAAAACGAAAGAUAUUAUGUUGUUUUACCAAUAUUAUUACUAUUUUAAUUUUUCCUUUUAUUAACACUAUUUACAAUUUUAUUCUUAAUAUUAUACUAUUUUAAACAAUAUUUAUUAUCGAAAACUGAAAAAUGAAUGAUCUCCAAUUUUUAUUUUACAACAGCAAGUGCGAGAUAAAAUAUUUUAUUUUAACGUAUACACACUACAGAAAAUAUUAAAAAUUGAGACCAUACAAAGUAAAAUGGAUUUAGGGAAGAAUGGCGCAGGGUUUGUCAAACAAAUGUCGUAGCAUCAAAAGCAAAGAAACAAAGAAGAAGCACUAAAGAUCAUGCAAACAUUGAAGUAUGAUUAAAGAAGAGCGGACAGUAGAAACGAAAGGAUGCGCGGUAUGGCGAAUUUUAUUUUACUCUGUUUAGAAAGGCAAGAAUACCUAUUUAUAGCAGUUAAGCAAAACGAAGCAGGCGAGGAGAAGAACAAAAAGCAAACAAAGCUGUUUACAAACAAACCAGGAAAUCAAACCUUUCGAAUAAUGUAAAUAUUUUUACUGAUAAUUAUAUGCAAAAAAAACAACAACAAACAAAAGAUUAAUCUUAAAUCAUAGGCAUAAUUUCUUCUGAACGAAGUAGAAUGCAGAAAAAGCAAAUUUACACAACAAAACAAACAAAAACAUAUUUUACAUAGGAGUUGUAUACACUUAUAUACAGACACACUUGUAGAAUUGCCAUAAUUUUUGCAAUACGAUUUUUGUAGGUUUUAGUUCCCGUUCAGAAAACAUGUUCAUUCUAAAGCAAACACACAAACAAAAGACCUUCCCUGUUAUAGUUUUUAUCGUGAGGCAUAUUUAGUUAUAUACGGAACUUGUGUUUUCCAUUUUUACUUUUGGUUCGCGUGCCGAGUUAAAAACCGCCUUCGAGACUCGAUUUGUUGAUCUUUUUGUGUGUCGCCAGAAGGAAUCACUAGGAGAUAAGUUUUAACUGAAACAAAAAAAGAAGAACCAUUUCGUUUUUCGAUCUGUUAUUGUUUUAAGCUCUGUUAUUUUCCUUUUAUUUAUUUUAAACACAAAACUGUUCAGGUAAAAUACACAAAAUUGAAACACUGUUGUUAAGAAAAACGGCGUAUAUUUUUUAGGACUAAUAUCAAACAUCUAGUGAACCGUGUUUAUUGUAUAGAAUCACAGUAUUUUUUCGUCCCAGGAAGCCUUUCUUUUUUACCUUUAAAAGCUAUUUUUAUCGCGUGUUUCUUUAAUUUUGUUCCUUCCAACGUACAAUCGUCAAAACGAAUUUCACAGUUCCACAUUGCAAAUGCUCAGUCCAUAUUUUAGUAACUUUUAUUUUAGUUUUUAUUGUUUGAUAAUUAUUUUGAAAGCAGUACAAUUUUUAUUACUAGUGUAGGAGAGAGAGGAUACGCGAGAGUUUAUAUUGUAUUUCUUAGCGUUUGAAUAGUCAAUCAAAAUCGUAUCAAUCGACGCCGCAGUGUUGUUUCCACGCGAAUGCUUCGGGAAAUGAGUUUCGAACUUUACUUUCAACUAUACAUUAAUAAACUAUUGAUAUACAUGUAUUGGGAUAUAUUCGUUAGAAAUCCGUAUGUUGCACAUACACGGCUGAUGUAAGGCUGUUUAUUAACUUAUAAGCUUAAAUUCAGCGGGUAAAACCCGAAAAAGCAGCGGAGAGCAAUAUCCGAGCAGAAUUUUGUAUUUUUUGUAUCAAAUUAUUAAAAAAUCCUAUCAAAACAUAUUUUGAAUUGAAUUUCAUUCAAGAAUAGUAGUUUUUGCAGUUUCUCAUCGGAAUAGGCUGUUUCACAAAACGCCGAUCUUCCAUGGAAUGGCUUCCUUUGCCACAUUGGCGUAUGAGCUCAUAACUCUUUCAAGUUAACUCGGUCAUUAUAUUAACAACUUAACUUAUCGUUUUUGCUCGGAUAUUGCGCUAUUUUAACAGAUCAGCUUUGCAGCUACGAGCAUUUCAAUGAAACAGGAAUAAAACUUUGAUGAACUAUUAUUUACCCUCAGUGCGAUAUCCAUUAUUUGCCAAAUACAUCCUACAGUUUCAAUCAUAUUUGAGUAUUGAGCACCCUGAACAAAUUAUGAACAUUACGUGAAGCAAUGCUGCGACCACGCCGCGAUUGAUGUUAGGUUUAGCGUUAUCGUGUGAUGUGUUUUGCGUCAUUGCUCCUUUUUGGCAGUGAAGAAAGAUGCGAGAUAUUUUUAUAAUUAACUUUUUUUCAUAAAUCUUAGUUGCAGUGAACUUAAGCAAAAGCAAGUACUCUAGAAGAGACAACAUUAGCUUAAGUAAUCAAUUCCGGUUAUCUAAUUAUUAGUUUCUCAGUUCGUGUUCCUCCCAUACAACCUUGUGGGAGAAGGGGGGGGGAGCACUUUGGGUAGGCGACUCCUAAUUAUUCAUAGGUUUAUAGUAGUUAAGAAAAGUAUAUGGGAUAGAGAAAUACACAAGCCCCAGAGCAAGCGAGGCAAUGUUUGAUGAAUCUCUGAAUAAUGUUCGAUUGCAAUAUCAUGAUGCCAUAUUAAGCGAAACAUAAUUUUAACACCCUAGUUGUAGACAUUUCUCUAUCCCAUGUAGUCGUUUGGAAAUUCUCGUUUUUCGUCAGUUUCCAUUCCGAAUCAAAUAAUUAUUUUCUUAAUAUUUUUUCAAGUAAAACUUUAGGCGCCAAAUUUUAAUGCUACAUUAUCAAUUUACCAUGCGAUUGCGUCUUGGGAAACAGUUAUAUAGUUCUAUGUUUUACAUAUUACAAAUGUACAUAUAUAUAUAUUUUAUAGACUCGAACCGGCGCAACUUUUAUACCCCGUUCGAUUAUUAUAGCGUUUUUAGGGUUAGCAUUCGUCCGCCAUGUUCACUUGUCACAAUACAACUUGUAUUUAUACCAUCUCUUUGGCUGUAGGGUUAACGAAAGUUCACAGAACACGCUCAAUCUUAUUUUUAGUUAGAUUUUUUGUCUAGAAACAUUUUUAUUUUUUGAAGAAUUGAGAGGGAAAUCUUCUGUGUCACCUGUGUAAACUAUUUUUAACUAUUUAUUAACAUGUAAUUCCUUUGCCAACUGAAAGAAGGGCCCAACCAAAUCAACGUCGUACUAAGGAGAAGUUCCGACCGCAGUGGAUUUCCCCCUCGAUCUAGGCAAUCGCCCUAUUCCACCUGCUUUCCGUAGCUUAGAAAGCUCGGUAUGUGGAGUAGAUCGGCAACUGUUUUCUUCUUCCUACAUUAAGUUGCACGCUUACAAAACCUUUCAAUGCAUUUACAAUUUUUAUGGUUAACAAAAUAAGGAUGAAUAUCAAAUAAAUUAAACAAAAAGAAACCCAACAUCUGCGAGAAAAGACAAAACACAUUACUAAUCAUAACACAAUUACACACACUGUUGAA